CCAGACAUCAUGUCGGAUCUUGUCUCAGUUGCUGCGAUCAAGGAUCUUCUAACAGAGUGCCCAAUAUGUACAGAACACUUUGAUGACGCAACACGAAUUCCCCGUCGUAUGCCAUGUUGUGUACAGUCCAUAUGUCAGCCCUGUCUAGAAACCUGCAGUGGAGGUGCUGCAACCCUAUCCUGCCCCAUGUGUCGACGGCGACAUAAUCUGCCUGGUGGGGUGAAAUCUCUGCCCAAAGAGACUGUCAUCCUGAAGACUCUAGACUACCUCAAGAUCCAGAAAGGUCUCCAUCUACCAUGUACAAAUUGCCCUGACAAGGAAACAGCUGUAGCUCAGUGUGACAACUGUGGAACAUUUUUAUGUUCCAUUUGCUUAAGUGCCCAUAAACGGAAUACGGUAUCAAAGACCCACACUAUAAAUACCUUUGAUGAAAUGAAGGGCCGACCUGUGCAGAGUUUUCGUCGUCUACAUCAGUGCAGUCAGCACCAACAACCUCUACAGUUCUACUGCUACACUUGUGACAAGGUCGUCUGUGUGUCCUGCACUGUAGUAGAUCACGAUAAAGGGAAGGGGCACAACGUCGUGUCUGUGGAUGAAGCACACCAAGGAAAAGCGAAGUCCACAAGUGAUGUUUUAGGAAAGAUAGAAGAGAAGACAAAGAGACUGAGCGAAACGGAGUCAGCCCUUCAAAAGAAGAUAGAGAACAUCAAAUUGUCAAUGAAGGUAGCAAGAGAUGAUAUCAAUGAAAUCUUUGACAACCUGACCGAUAGACUGAAUCAAAGAAGAACAAUUCUUCUAUCAGAUGUUGAGGGGAAAUCUGCUGAAAAUCUGAAGCUAACAGAGGAGGCCUUGGAUUCGACAAGACUACUGCUGACUAAAGUGAAAUCUUCUUCCGAAUACAUGCAACAGAUGCGCAACAAAGCUGACAAGGUGGAAGAUCUACAAGUAAUGGGAUCAUCUGAGGCCUCUUUGAUCUCCAUGUUGAAGGAGUCACCACAGGAAAUACCCUUUGACAGGACUGGAGUCACUUUUGUUCAAGGAAACGUAAAACAUCUUCAGGAUACUAUCAAGGUGGCAGGACUGGUCAGAUCAGUCACGUUCUCCCCAACAAAGAGGCCGAAUGGUAUGCCAGAUACAGCAGCAUACAACGCCAUCACACUGGAACCUGCAGAGUUCCCUACAGUGAUGGAGAUGGACCGGAGCCUCUGUGACCAGGAGAUAAUAUGUCCGACUCUGGAAUGGGACUCAAGCACUGCUCAUGACACUAUUGACGUGUCUGGAUGUGUUAUCACAAACACCACCUCAGCCGGCCCUUCUCAUGACACAGGAUGUCGGAUGCAAAGCAUCAAUUCAUGUCUGGCAUCAAGGCCUUUAAUGGUUAAAAACUGUGAAGCCCAGCGAUGCAUGUAUCGAGUAAAGUUUCGGGUUCGUGUAAACGAAUUGAUAGAAGAUAAUCAACUUAUACAUGAGAUUGCCCUGACCCCCACCCCUGUAGAUGCUCUCUGUUAUCAAGGCACUGGAUUGAGUGUACUUGUUGCUACAUGCCUCAACCACAAGCAGCAGCUGUGUCUCCGUGUGGGCUAUAAUAACACCUUCCUCACUGAUCGCCCUCUCAUUCAGAACAGAGUUGGACAGUCUUAUGACCAACAACUGUGUUUACUGAUGGAUGGGGUUAAUGACAAAAUAUUAGUUAUUGAUGCCAGUGAUAACACAGUGUACACCACCGUCACAGAUGUAGCUUUUGACAGACCCAUGUGGGUCAUGAUGUAUGUUGGUUGUGCCGCGAAUUCAGAUGUAAGAGGAGAACUGAUUACAGGCCACAACAUCACAGGAACCUUCGCCAACUACAAUCAUUAGACUAGUUGACACUAUCCACAACAAUCACACACUCUAUGUAACAUGCAAUGUACACAAGCACAGCUCAGUAAAAUAAUAUGUAUGCCUUUGACACAUUACCAACUUGUGUACAUAUGUAAAAACACGUUUGAUUUACAUGUUCAAUACAAAUACGAAUGUACCCGUGAAGAUCCGGGUUAGAAUCCUGCUUGCCGCAAGAGACGACGUUGCUUGUCGUUAGAGGCGACUAACGGGAUCGGGUGGUCAGGCACGCUGGCUUGGUUGAUGUUUGUCAUCGUAUCCUAAUUUUGUAGAUCGAUGUUCAUGACACGAAUCAUUGGGUCCAGACACUUCUGACAUUUGAAGCAACACGGCUGAUGUUCAGUACCUUUCCUCAGUAUCUUACUAUCUCAAAGCAUAAAGCGAUAAAGUGGACAUUCGUUAAACGCAGACUAGAAUAACAAAGUUUACGACUGAACAUUCUCAUGCUAGCAUAAAAUGCGUCUUACGUUCGAAGAGUGUUAUAUCAUACAAUCAUAUCAAUUCUCAAUUACCUAUCAUCGCAUGCUGACUACGGCAAAUACUAUUUCAAGUAAACAUGACACUGUUGUGUCGUUGCCGUGGCUCAUUAUGAAUGUAUACACACAUGCAGGUGGAACAGUACUAUCAUAGAAUAUAAUAUAUAAAUAUAGAAUUGACCACAACUUUGAAAGUCCUGACACAAAAAAAGUCUUCGUUGAAAUCAUCUGAGGAUCGCCAUAUCACCUCAGUCAACGUGUGGCAACGGAUAAUUCAUGGGAGAUAACCCGUGUAGUACUAAUGGGGCACCACCACAUCCUCGCCUGUAAUCAACUCAUUUCAACAGUCCCGUGAUGUUUGUUGUUACCAUGUUUUACUGCAAUUGUAAAUAGCCCGUAUUUAUGUAUUUUCAUUUUUUAGACAUGAUGUACUUUUUCAUCUGAUUUCAAGUUCUCUACUUCGACCAUGUUUAUGACGUUCACAAAGGACUACGUCAUUUAAUGUCAGCGAGAUUGUUAUAUAUAAAGCUAUGUCAGUCAUAUGACGUCAUCUGAGUAAGUAAAACACCCCCAAUGUAAGGGUUGGACUGGAAAUUAUAUUUUCAUUAGGGUUUUUAUGACUCGGGGCACGGGCUGCCCAGUCGUCCAAUGCAACAUGAUUCGAUGUGUCAUGGACGGGGAUAGCCAGGUGACCGUGCUUUAGAAUGUUAUACUUGGAUUAAGGUUCUUGGUUCAUGACUAAUAUUUCCGUGAUUUCAACAUUAAACUGACGCGCUCUUAUUUAACUGAGCUAAUGCUGAAAGGAACUUACACACUCCAACCCAAAUUACUUUGACGACACAGUAAUGAUGGCUGACUUGACCUGGAACAAGAAACACUCUUAAAAUAUGAACGUGUGUUUCCUACCUGUGUAGUUAUGUAGGAUGGGGUGAGGUUGGGUAAUUUAUGUUUCUAUCGUUGCUUCAAGGUAGGUUGGGGUGAGGGUGAGUAGGAUGUCAACAGUCAAGGCUGGUUAAAAAUAAUCGUGUGAAGAUCAUUGUUUCGACCCUGGAAAUCCAGACUAAGCCUAUUUUGGAAGAUUGACCGGUGUUGCUUCAAGAUAGGAUGGGGUGAGGUUGGGUAGGAUGG